GCAACGGCAGGCCGGGCGGGGGGCACGGGGCGCCCGCCCGCCUCGUCGCCUCGUCGGCGAGUCCCGGCCGCUUCCGCCGCAAGAAACGGAAGGUGGCCUUGCCCAAGCAGCAAGUUUUUCCCCUCCCUUCCUCUAGGCUCUAGCAGCAGCAGUCCCUAUCCGAAAUCUAGAGCACACCUCCAACGCCGCUCCCGUUCCCUCCUCCCUCGCACAUCCGCCUCCACACCUCACCGGGGUCUUGCCGCUCAGGUCCCCGCGGCCGUAGAAGCAGUGGGGGCGUGAGAGAGGGAGCUACCGCGCGUUUGGUUUGGUUUUCCUUUGGUGCAACCCUCGUGACCUCCUCCCGCUUCUGCCUCGCACCGCCGCUCGCAAUGGGCCUUUCUCUCUUAAGUGAUCCCUCCUGUUUCUCCCAUUUGUCUUGAUGUUGUCUUCUUUCACUUUUAGAAAUGUAUUUUGCUUGGUGGCGCUGCGUAUGCAAUCGAUGUAGAUUUUUCGAUCGAAGUCGAUCCAAGUAAGGUUCUUAGAAGGAUAUCUUGCUCUGCAAGUUCUCUUUCCAUUAGCGGUCCUGGAUGUUGUACAUUCCCGAUUUUGUCUGAACAGUUUUUUCUCCAUAUAUUCAGACUUGUCGAUGGAGGGUUUUGUGUUUGUGCAUUCCUGUUUUGUGUUGAGCUUUGUGCUUUUGGUGCUAUUUUUCUGAUUGGAAUGGCAUAUUAUGUUCACUGUGGAGUGUUAACUGUUAACACUCAAAUAUCGUUUGCCGAUUUGUGGGAAUAAGCUUACUUCGCUAGGAUCAGAUAUUUGGCCAUCUGUGUUCACUAGAUUAUGCUGUUUAAGGUGGCUUUUGCUCGAGAAUUUCAUGUGAGUUGUUUAUACAAAGAUGAGUGUACACACAAGUAUUUCUGUGUUUCAAUGCUGCAUGUGUUGUGCUCAGUGUCAGCUUAAUUUUUGAAAGAUGUUGUAUUCAUUUCUUUGUAAGCUUGCUCGGCAGCACUGCUCUCAGACCUGCAGUUGCGCCUUAUUACUGUAGCAUGAACUAUUUCUAGUUCAUGAACUGUCUGCAAAAUUUGAUUUUGGUCAGUGAUUCUACUUGUUGAGUGGAUAGCACUUGUUGCAGUACCGUCAGAGUGAACUAAGUCGGGUCAGUUGGAUGGUCGGUACUGUAAGCCUUCCGAAAAUAGAAUUUCGUGGGCCGCAAGCUGUUGAAUAAGAAGUUAUUGCAUGGCUUGUUACUUAAAUUGAUGUCGUGCGGAUUUAAAACAUGAACCUCUAUAGCGGCCCUAUAACGAACUUUAAUUUCUAUAUAACUUGUUGCCUUGCUGCACCAGAGAGGCUGAGUCAAGAAUAUCCUGUAGUAGUAGUUACAGAGGAGGAUUUCUUGGUUUCCAAGAAACGUGCUUGAUUGUUGAUCCUAUUAUACAUCAUUAGUAGAGGUGUACUUUCCUUUAAAUUUGCAUGCAGCUUGUUUGUAUAGAAUGGUAUUUUUUUAGGGUAUGCAUUAUAUCUUGCAAUGAAUGCGUAACGUACGGUCAGAUUUGUUUUCUUCUAAUCUAGAAUGACGUGUACUAUGUCGCUUAUGCAUAUCGUUUAUGUUACUUCCCAUUUAAGUCGCGUGUUCCUCGUGAUAAGUUGACAGUACAGGUGGUAGCGCCUUCAGUGCAGACCAGUUCUGUUUUUUUCCCGAGGAUGAUUGUUGUUUGGUCAUUUUGUAUGUUUAACAGAAAAUGAUUUCUUGGUCCGUAAGUAGUUGUAUGAAUAUGGAUGUUGAUACUUAUACUUAAGAAAUUGAUUUCUUGAUUUGUUAGUUAUUCUUCAUGAGACUCUUGUGCAAGAAAUCGCUUACAUUGGCAUGCCAUGUAUAAGAUUUUAUUUAGAAAGUUUUUGACUGCCAUGGCUUAAUAUGGCAUAAAUGGAUCGAAUCAAGGUAAUUUUAUAUACAUCUGCACUAAAAGCAUUUGGUGAUCUUUUUGUUGUACUCGUGUGCUGACAUAUGCCAAAAGAUGAGUCAUUAUUAGGAGAAAUAAUUAACCAGAAUUUUUAUUUGUGUGUGUGUGUGGGGGGGGGGGGGGGGUUAGGCAGCAUAUUUAUUAAUUCUUAAAUUGAUAGCUGCCAACCUAGCUUGAACCUGGGUGCUCGCAGGUCUUGUUGGUAUUCCCUCUGUUGAGACAGCCUGGGGGCGUCUUCUCAUGGUCUGAGAUUCACUUUUCAUUUUUCAAUUCUUGAACUAUGUUUUCUCUAUGAGACAUUCAUUCGGUACCUUUUACAGGGUUGUUCUCUACCUCUGAGAGUUUAAACUGAAGGGAGAUCUGUAAAUCCUGUAUCAUAUUAGGGUUUCUUUUCUUUUCUUUCUCCAUUUGUUCUGGUGGGAAUCAAGCCUCCAAUGGCAUCAUCGCGAGAACCCAACUCUCUGUGCUUGAAGCGCAAACUUGUCGAAUAUUACCUAUCAGAAGAGUGCAAAUCUCCUCGAAUCAAAGCUAAGAAUAGGCCCUCAUGUGAUUCAUCUGCUAAGCACUGCAACUGUAGCUGCAAGACCUAACCUUGCCGAUGAUUGUGACAAUUUCUUGACGAGCGGAGUCCCUAGUCGUAUCAUGUAUUACAGACAAGGUUCUUGGCACAAUUUUCCUGAGAAAAUAAUGAAGUCCUUCAUUGAAGAAUUCGUAGCAAUGAUCUGUUGCAUGGGUUGAUGAUACUGGAAAGUAUUUUUCUCCUUCUCUGUUCCUUGAUGAGGAAAUUCAUGAUAUGGCCAAAGGGGAAUGUGCUAAUGUUCAGCACACUGUACAGGGAAUAAUGUUGGAUAAGGAUACAAAUGCUCCACCUGAAGUGGUGAAGCAAGUUGUCCUUGAUUCUAGCUCUUCAGUUCCUCAGAGAAUUUCCAAUGCAGACAUAUUGCGCAAGAAGAUCACAGCCAUGGAAAGAGGCAGCAAAGACUUUUGAUUUGUCUAGGACCUUUUCCUCUCUGGAAUGGGUCCAUUUGCAACACCAAACAAUAUACUCUGUGUCUACUGUCAUUCUCGGAAUGAUAUAACUUCACAGUGCAGACUUGAAGCUUUUGAAAGACAAAUUAGGUCCACCAAAGAAAAACAUGGUGAUGCAAAUGUUAGAUAUGGAUGGCUAGGAUCCAGGAAGAAUGACAUUGUCAGGAUUCUAAUUAACGGUUUCGAUCCCACUGGAGAACAUGUUGAGAAGUCAGAUUUGAGUGCUGGUGUUUAUCUUUCAUCAAUAGACCGAGCAUUUACGAGGAGUGCAGUAUAUGUUACUGUUCCGAGUGAUAUUGGGUAACCUGGAAGCUGUGGAGCCUGGAUCGCAUGAGUUUUUUCCAACCAGCGAAAUAUAUGAUUCUGGUGUUGAUAGUUGCUUAUACCCAAAGUGUUAUGUGAUGUGGCCAUCACAUCUAAGCACUCACAUGCAUUUAGAAUAUCUUGUUGGUUUCAAGCUUGCCCCAGAAGCUCGAAUUUCACUUAUUUUCAGAUUACUUGCUUGGCUUGAAAGGCUUAUGGUUUUGCCCACCAUCAAAGGAAGUUGCAGUGGAUAUUUCUACUCUUCAACCUGUAAUGUGGGAAGCAAGUGAAGGACCAAGUACCCCAUGGAUAUCUUUCAAAGUCCUGUUCAGAUUAAUUCAAGAUAAAAUAUCCUUCAUAGCAAGGGAACUGCUCUUCCAUCAUGACAAAGAGCUAAAGAAGGAAAAAUAACUCGUGAAGAAAUGGUGAAGAAGAAGAUGAUGAUAGUUGGAAAGAAAAUACUUGUGGAACCUCUGAAGAAACUUCAUUACUCUCCAUCAUUAUGGUACAAAUCUUCUGUUAAAGCUAUUUCUAGUGAUCUUGUAAGGACUGAAGCAGAGCAGGUAUCCUUGGAUACAACAGGCAGGAGUUGUAACCAUGGUGAUUCAUGUGCACAAAAUGCAACCACUGAACACUCAGUAGGUCCUCUUAGCACCAAAGUAUGCGGUGCUCUUCCUACUGACAUGGUUCCCAAAGGCUCUGACUAUCCAGCACCAACUGGUGUACCAGAAACGUCUAGUUCUGCUGGUGCCAAAUGCCUGGGUUCUCAAGGCAUGGAGGGUGAAGGUAGAGAUUCUCCUAUGCAGAACAUGUCACUGGGAAACUCUGUAGCUCAACCUGCGAGAUACCAAGAUCCUAAUGUAACAAGAAUGCCACCUAUAAUUUGUGAUGACCCUUUGAGGAUUUCUCCCGGAAUAUCUGGAUUUCCUGGUGUGAAAGUUUGCAAUUCUGCUCCAACAAUCAUAGGGCCUCCUGCUUGUGCUUCUCUAGCUCCAACUAAUGCUUCAAAGACCCAUGAGAUUUUGGUUCCAGGUUCAACUCCUAGUCCUAAGGGCCGUGAGUCUAUUGUGCCAAUCUUGGUACUUGGAAAUUCAGAAAGUGCAGGCAUCAAGCGUCUCAAUUCUACACCAAGGAUGACACCUGAAGGCCAGGAGUUUCUUUCGCGGGGCAUUGCAUCGCAGAGCCCUGUUCUUCAUCCAGUGAAAAGACCUGGUGCUUCAUCAUCGGCUGCCAGGCCUCCAAUCUACCCACCAGGACGUGGAAAAUCACCAUAUGUGAGCACAGGGGUCCGUGAUUCUCUAUCGCUGAGCAUCACACCAAAACGGCGUUAUCCUCCAGUGCCUACAGCAGAGCCAAAGCAACAAGGAUCUCCUGCAGCUGAUUCAACGCCAACGAGCAAUCGCCCACCUCAAGCCAUGGAUGCGGCCACUAAGGUUCACAAUGCUCCUACACCAAUAACCAGGGAGAGAAAAGGCCAGGCUGUUGCACAGAAUAAGCUGCCUAGGACAGGCCUUGAUGGUUGCAGCCAUGUCGAAACUCUCAUCGCCCUAUCAACUCCGCGAGAGAAGGGCGAGCGUUAGAGUAUGCAUCCCUAGUCUAGUCGUGUACAUGUACGUGCUCCCAUGUUGGAGUCUGGUGUAACCUGGGUAUAUAUAGUUUGUCUCCGUAGACGAGAACACCCCAUCGACUCUUGUGAACAUAUAAAUCUUUUUCUUUUCGGCUAGUAAACUGCUAGCGAUAAUUUAUUUCCUAUGUAUAGUAGGUGACUAUA